UUUCUCAGGAGGCAUUUAUUCCCAGCAAGGUCCCAUGUGCCAUUGACCAGUCUGACACUCAAACUCUCGGCGUUUCAGGUGAUUAAUUCCAGAGGGAGUCGCUGUUUUGGCUGCACAUCUGCUGCUGAGAGAGACAAAUGGAUAGAGAAUCUUCUUCGAACGGUCCAGCCCAACAAGGAUAACUGCGAGAGGGUGGAGAACAUGCUGAGCCUCUGGGUGAAUGAAGCCAAGGACCUGACCCCCAAGAAGAGGUAUUUCUGUGAGCUGCAUCUCGACGGCUCGCUGUACGCCCGCACUACCAGCAAGCUCAGCCAGGAGGCGCUCUUCUGGGGCGAGCACUUUGAGUUCGGCAGCCUGCCCCCGACAAAGGAGGUCACCUUGCACCUCUUCCGGGAUGACGACAAGAAGAGGAAGGAGAUGAGUGCCCUUGGCUCCGUCACCAUCCCCCUGAGCGAGGUGACAGGGCGCCAACACGUGGAGAAAUGGUACAACAUCAACGCGCCCCCCCUGAACAAGGGCAAGCUCAAUGUGCCCACCAUUCGGAUUAACCUGCGGUACCAGAACAUCAAGGUGUUGCCGAUGAUACACUACAAGGAGUUUGCCGAGUACCUCAUCUGUAACUACACCACCCUGUGCUCCGUGCUCGAGCCGGCUCUCAAAGUGAAGGAUAAGGAGGAGGUAGCCUCUGCCCUGGUUCACGUCCUACAGAGCGUCGGGAAAGCCAAGGAUUUCCUGAUUGAGUUGGGGAUAGUGGAGGUUGACCGCUGUGAGGAGAAACAUUCCGUGCUUUUCCGGGAGAACACCUUGGCUACCAAAGCCAUCGAUGAAUACAUGAAGCUGGUUGGACAGAAGUACCUGAUCGAAACCCUGGGAGACUUUGUGACCAGGCUUUACAAUCCAGAGGAAAAUUAUGAAGUCGAUCCCAACAAAUGUUCAGCCAAUGACGUGUCAGAGAACCAAGCCAAUAUGAAGGCCGUCUGUGAGGAGGCGUUUCGGCAAAUCACAGAUUCGUGUUGCAUCUUUCCCGAUGAGCUGAGGGAGAUAUUCGCAACUUGGCAGCAGCAAUGUCUCAGUCGGGGAAAGGCGGAGCUCGGGAUGCGGAUGAUCUGUGCCUCAUUGUUUCUGCGUUUCCUCUGCCCCGCGAUAAUGUCGCCCAGCCUAUUCAGUCUGACCCAGGAAUACCCCAACGACAGCACCGCGCGGACUCUCACACUCAUCGCCAAAGUCAUUCAGAACCUGGCCAACUUUACCACGUUUGAAGACAAAGAGGGCUACAUGACCUUCAUGGACAAUUUCCUGGAAUCAAACUGGGACAACAUGAAAAUCUUCCUGACAAACAUUUCCAGUCCAGAGCCCAGCAUCAACAGCUCAGAGUUUGAAGGCUGUAUUGACCUGGGUUUGGGUCUGUCCAUCUUGCACUUACUUCUCUGUGACACCAUGUCUCGCCUGGAGCAGCGAGAACUGGGCAGACUGAGACCUCUCCCCGACAUUCUCAAUGGAAUCACCCACUCUCUGAAAAACCCAAACAUACCGCUGAUACAUUACCAAGACUUUGGUGAGUAUUGCCGGGACGACAAGCCGGUCUAUGUAGCCCCCAAAAAUGUCCAAACAGUGAGUGCAUCAUUACUAAGCCUGAAUAAGUGUGCACAGGAGGAGCAGCAGCAUGUGAAGAGCAAUGGCAAACAAGCCAAGGGAAUGUCUGUGGUGAAACGGACCCAGAGUGCACCAGCUCGCAAACGACCCAACAUCUCCCGGCAACACUCAACGCUGGAAACGGUAUCCAACGUGCAAGGGCAUGCCAAGGAAGACAUACUCACAAACCUGCCGGACAGAUCUUACGCUACCCUGACCAAGACUCCCCUCUCUGUUACCCAGUCCUUAAAGUCAUCGCACACCUGCCCACAAAGCAACCCACGCCUCAGGAUACAGGGUCAUAACCCGCGCCUGAUGCCCGUUGACUCAUUCAGAAAAUCCCAAGUCCCAUGGGAGCGCAUCUCUGGACACGAGGAGUGGUCCUGUCAGAUAGAGGGAGAAAGACAAGACUUCAAACCGUUUGAGAAGCAUGAGCAAGACAUUUCACACCUCCAGGAAAACGUGCAGACCAUCAACGAGGAACUGAAGCAGUUUCAGAGCCGCAUUGAUGAGCACGUUCAGAGAGUCCUCCAGGAGAACGAGGAGAGGCAGAAAACCCAACUGGAAGAAAAGGACAAACAAAUUAAGGAUCUGAGCACCAGACUGGAAGCAGUUGAAGAGGAGAGGAAGAAGGACAUUGAAUGGUUCGAGGUUGCUGCCCAGAACCAGCAGAAGGUUGAGUCUUUGGAAAGUCGUCUCACUGCGCUGCAGGAAGACCAUAAGGAAUUGCUGCUCUCCAUCAAGGGGCUGAGGGACAGUCACCAACCAACAAACUCCAACCACGUCGUCCCGUCCAGCUCCACGCCCAAGGCUCCAUCCGAACCGAAUCCUGCACCCCCGGCCAACCCCAAGACACCUCCUGCCCCCGGCGAGGUCCAGGUUGUGGAGAACGGCCAGGUGGAGAUCGACAGUUGCUAGGAGUCGCCACUGGCCCUUUUAGAGUUGUGUUUCUCCUCCCUCUAGCCCCCCCUGCAGAUCAGCACGAGCUGGGAAAUGGGCACUUAUUUUGGUCAUCCUCCUCCCUCCAUUCCUGCACUGGAGUAACUUUUGGACGUUGCUGUUCAUCUUCUUGGUACCAGUGAGGAUUGGGCCUGAAGUGUAACAGAUAUGGUUACUGGCACCCACUCAACAUCAUUGCGAAUGUUGACAUUAUUGUCAACCCCAUCAUGAAUCGCAAGACAAGGAUAGGGUGGAGGGCACAGAGAUGGCAGGUUAUUGACUCAACCCAGCCGUGAAAUGAUAUGGAGUGUACCACACAGAAACAGGCCAUUUGGCCCAUCUUGUUCCAAAUAAGCCUUCUCAUGAGGUAAUGUUCUGGGGACCCAGGUUCAAAUCCGGACACAGCUGAUGACGGAAUUUGAAUUCAAUAAAAAUCUGGAA